AAAGGCAGGUGGAGGAGGGCGCCCAUCAGUCCCUGCCCUCCAGUCCCUUCUCUGCUCAGUGUGCCUCACCUGCCGGAGCCUGGAAGAGCGCGGGCUGGCUCCGGAGGGGGGAGGCACCCGCGCCCUGCUGUGCCGAGCCUGGGCAGCAUGGCCCAGCAGAGAGCCAUCCGGCUGUCCCUGCAGAAGCCCACGCACGCCGUGUGUGUGGUGGGCACCGAGGUCGCGCUGGACGUCUAUGGUUCAGUACCUCCACGAGCUGUGACUUUCAAGGUCACUGGAAGCUCAUCAGUGCAGAUCUACAUGGAAUACGACCCUAAGAAUGUGAGUGAACCUCCGGCUGAUGAGCGCUGGCCUUUGGAUGCUGACGUGGACGUCGUCCUAUCCGUGGAAGCCGCCAGUACCAAUGUUGAUGAUGUCAAGGUACGUGUCUCUUACUAUGGGAAGAAUGGGAGCCAAGCCCUUGGCCAGGCCCUGCUGCAUCUCACUGCCAUUGAAGUGUCUCUGGAUGUUGACACGGGCCGUACUGGGACAAUAAAGAGGAACAAAGAUGACAAGAAAACAUGGAGCUGGGGUCCAGAAGGCCGUGGGGCAAUCCUUUUGGUGAACUGCGACAGGGAUAGUCACCUCCCUGGGGGGGUCGACUACUCUCAUAGUCGCUUGUAUUCCCUGGCAGACCUGCAGGAUAUGUCCAAGAUGGUGCUCUGGACCAACGGCCCCGAUAAGAUCUUCGACAACCACAAGCUUGUCCUGCACGUGUCACACAAUGACUCAGACAAAGUGAGGGUAUUCCAUGCCCAAGGUGGGAACCGUGUUUCUGACUACAAGAGGGUCCUGGGACCUGACAAAUUGUCAUACAGCGUGGAUCGGGGCCCUGGUGAACAGGAGAUCACCUUCUAUGUGGAGGGCCUUGCCUUCCCUGAUGCUGAUUUCUUUGGACUGGUCUCCUUCGACAUCACCCUGAUGGACACAGAUGGACUCCUCGAAACCCCGAUUUUCACAGACACGGUGGUGUUCCGAGUGGCCCCCUGGAUCAUGACCCCUAAUACCCAGACACCCCUGGAUGUUUACGUGUGCAGUCUUGUGGAACGAGAAUCAUUCCAAGCUGAAUUUCUUGAUGCUAUGACCUACUUGACAUUGAAGGCUAAGUGUCAACUGAUCAUCUGUCCAUUGGUGGAUAACCGAAAUGAUCGCUGGAUCCAGGAUGAAUUGGAGUUUGGCUACAUAGAAGCACCUCACAAAGCUUUCCCGGUUGUCUUUGAUUCUCCUCGGAACAGAGGGCUGAAGGAAUUUCCCUUUAAGAGGAUCCUGGGCCCUGACUUUGGUUAUGUGACCCGAGAGCCUGCGCAUGGUGGUGUCUCCAGUCUUGACUCCUUUGGAAACCUGGAUGUCAGCCCACCUGUCACUGUCCAGGGGAAGGAGUACCCACUGGGCAGAAUCCUCAUUGGGAGCAGCUUCCCCAAGUCAGGUGGCCGCCGGAUGGCUAAGGUCGUCCGGAACUUUCUGUAUGCCCAGAAGGUACAGUCCCCCGUGGAACUCUAUUCUGACUGGUUAAGCGUGGGCCACGUGGAUGAGUUCCUCAGCUUCGUUCCUGCCCCUGGACCGAAGGGUUUCCGGCUGUUACUGGCUAGCCCCGAUGCUUGCUUCAAACUCUUUCAGGAGAAGAAGGAUGAGGGCUAUGGGACUGCCACCCAGUUUGAAGGAUUGAAAAGGAGAAAGAAAAAAAUAACCAUUGAUGAGAUGCUGAAUGAUAGAAGCCUUAGAAGUGACAAUCGUUAUGCGCAGAAAUGCAUUGACUGGAACCGUGAGGUCCUGAAACGGGAGCUGGGCCUGUCAGAGAGUGACAUCGUUGACAUCCCCCAGCUCUUCAAGCUCAGUGACUCCUACGCAGAGGCCUUCUUCCCUGACAUGGUAAACAUGAUCGUCUUGGGGAAGUUCUUGGGGAUUCCCAAGCCCUUUGGACCCAUCAUUAAUGGGCGCUGCUGUCUGGAACAGAAGGUCCAGGACUUGCUGCAGCCGCUGGGACUCAAGUGCACUUUCAUUGAUGAUUACCAAUCCUACCACGUGUUAAUGGGCGAGAUCCACUGUGGCACUAAUGUCCGACGGAAGCCCUUUUCUUUUAAGUGGUGGAACAUGAUUCCCUGAGCUGGAUCCCCUCCCACCGUCUCCUCCUCCUUAUCCUCAUAAGAACAUCAGCGUGGGGAGGAGGAUUGCCCACCUGUCUUGGAAAGAGGCCAUCAGCAGUAUCCUGAAGCACAGACCCCCAGUCACCAGGCCCUAACCAUCACUACAGGAUAUCUUUGGGAUUUUUCACCUUCUUUGUGGAGAAAGAUGACAUUAACUGGUCCAUCCAAUCUUCAAUGAAAACAUACCCUCAGUUCUCCUUUUUUGCCUUUUCUCUGCAAGUCCAAUUGGUCCUUCUCAAAGAAAUGUAAUAGUCCUUGUGUUCUAUCCCAGACCUAAAUGGACAAGCACAGUGUGUGUGUGUGUGUGUGUGUGUGUGUGUGUGUGUGUGUCCACCAUGCUGGAUGGGAUCAGCUGGUGGGUUUUGAUUUUCCCAGUUUAAGGAUCAUGGGGGAUCAUGGAAUCUUAGAGCUGGAUAAGAUUCAAUGUUCCCAUUUUACAGAAGAGAAGAACUGAGAUCCAGAAUAGGGAAGUGACUUUCAAGAUCACAUCUCAAUAUAAUAGCAGAGCCAGAACUUUGGAUCACACGACCAAAGACUCUCAGAGUUGGAGAGGUCCUGAGAAUUCACCUAACUUAAUGUAGAAUGAAUGAAUAAAGAUCUCCUCGAUGAUAUCCCCCAAGGAUCAUCAUCCACAGAAACUUCUACUUGAAUUCAUCCACUGGUGGGGAGCACACUACCUCCCGAGGUCAGCCCUCUCUGGGACAAUUCAUUCUUAGGAAGCUUUUUCCCAGCAUCAAGACUAAAUUGUCCCUACCACUUGCCCCACUACAACCUCUCCUAUCUUCUAGGUCUCCUAUAUUCUAGGUAUUAGCCUUAGCUAAUAUCCAGCAGAUCUUAACAGUGUGAGUCUGGUACUAGCCAGCCAGUUGCUUCCUCCCACAGUGAACUCACUGGAUAUCUCAGAUUCUCUCCCUCUCUCUUAUCUGUCUCUCUGUCUCUGUGUCUCUGUGUGUCUCUUUCUCUCUGUCUCUGUUUCUGUCUCUGUAUCUGUCUCUGUAUGUGUGUGUGUCUCUGUC